AUGAACUUUCCAUAUCGACGUUCCAGGCGUUGUUGCUGCUCUCUGCCUGAUAGCCGUGAAGUCCCCAUCGACUUUCGACUCCUCAGGUUUCCUUUUUUCUCAGUUCAUGACACGCCACUCAAUCUGACCACAGCAACCCUAUGGUCAUCCCAUUUCGUAUUCCUAAAGGAGCAAGAAGAAGCUAUGGAUCUAUGCCUGCCGGCUCCAGCAUUGCCUCUUGACCCAAAAAUGGAAGACUGUAUGGGUGGAAGUGUAAUAACAUGA